GCCGGUGCCGGGGCCGGGCGACGACGGCGGUGGCGGCGGCCAGGUGCGCAGCGAGCGCGCGGAGGGGCGCGCCCCCGACGGAUGUCCCAGCCGGGGCCGGAGAGCGCCAGCCAGGUGCCUCCAGUUUGCCAGCAGCAUGAAUUCAGAAAGAGACUCAGAGACAACCUUUGAGGAGGAUUCUCAGCCCAAUGACGAGGUGGUUCCCUACAGUGAUGAUGAAACAGAAGACGAGCUGGAAGACCAAGGCCCUGCAGUUGAGCCAGAACAGAACCGAGUCAACAGAGAGGCAGAGGAGCAGCGGGAGCCACCCCGGAAAGAUUGUACGUGGCAAGUCAAAGCUAAUGAUCGAAGCUUCCACGAACAGCCUCACUUUAUGAACACUAAGUUCUUUUGUAUUAAGGAGAGCAAGUAUGCGAAUAAUGCAAUUAAAACAUACAAGUAUAAUGCAUUUUCCUUUCUACCAAUGAAUUUGUUUGAACAGUUUAAGAGAGCAGCCAAUUUCUAUUUCCUGAUCCUUCUUAUCUUACAGGCAAUCCCUCAAAUCUCGACCCUGGCUUGGUACACCACCCUGUUUCCCUUGCUCGUGGUGCUGGGCAUCACGGCCAUGAAGGACCUGGUGGACGAUGUGGCUCGCCAUAAAAUGGAUAAUGAAAUCAAUAACAGGACGUGUGAAGUCAUUAAGGAUGGCAGAUUCAAAGUUACCAAGUGGAAAGAGAUUCAAGUUGGAGAUAUCAUUCGUCUGAAAAAAAAUGAUUUUAUUCCAGCUGACAUCCUGCUACUGUCCAGCUCUGAGCCUAACAGCCUCUGCUAUGUCGAAACAGCUGAACUGGAUGGAGAAACCAAUCUAAAGUUCAAAAUGGCGCUUGAAAUCACACACCAGUAUCUCCAAAGAGAAAAUGCAUUGACAACAUUUGAUGGUUUUAUUGAAUGUGAAGAACCCAAUAAUCGACUAGAUAAGUUUACAGGAACAUUAUUUUGGAGAAACACAAGUUUUCCUCUGGAUGCCGAUAAAAUUUUGUUACGUGGCUGUGUAAUUAGGAACACUGACUUCUGCCAUGGGAUGGUCAUUUUUGCAGGUGCUGACACUAAAAUAAUGAAGAAUAGUGGGAAAACCAGAUUUAAAAGAACUAAAAUUGAUUACUUGAUGAACUACAUGGUUUAUACGAUCUUUGUUGUUCUCAUCCUGGUGUCUGCGGGUCUUGCCAUCGGCCAUGCUUACUGGGAAGCUCAAAUUGGCAAUAAUUCUUGGUACCUCUACGAUGGAGAAGACUAUACACCCUCCUACCGUGGAUUCCUAAAUUUCUGGGGCUACAUCAUUAUUCUAAACACCAUGGUGCCCAUCUCUCUCUAUGUCAGUGUGGAAGUGAUCCGUCUUGGACAGAGUUACUUCAUAAACUGGGACCUGCAGAUGUACUAUCCUGACAAGGACACGCCUGCCAAGGCGAGAACCACCACACUGAAUGAGCAGCUGGGGCAGAUCCAUUACAUUUUCUCUGAUAAGACAGGGACACUCACACAAAACAUCAUGACGUUUAAGAAGUGCUGCAUCAAUGGGCAGAUAUAUGGAGACCAUCGAGAUGCUUCUCAAAACAACCACAGCAAAAUAGAGCCCGUUGAUUUUAGCUGGAACAUGUUUGCUGAUGGGAAGCUUGCGUUUUAUGACCACUAUCUUAUUGAGCAAAUCCACUCAGGGAAAGAGUCGGAAGUUCGACAGUUUUUCUUCCUGCUUGCAGUUUGCCACACGGUCAUGGUGGAUAGAAUUGAUGGUCAGCUCAACUACCAGGCAGCCUCUCCCGACGAAGGCGCCCUAGUGAGCGCUGCCAGGAACUUUGGCUUUGCCUUCCUUGCGAGGACCCAGAACACGAUCACCAUCAGUGAGUUGGGGACCGAAAGGACCUACGACGUUCUUGCCAUCUUGGACUUCAACAGCGACCGGAAGCGAAUGUCUAUAAUCGUAAGAACCCCAGAAGGCAACAUCAGGCUUUAUUGUAAAGGUGCUGACACAGUGAUUUAUGAACGGUUACAUCAGAUGAGUCCAACAAAACAAGAGACACAGGACGCCCUGGAUAUCUUUGCAAGUGAGACUCUUAGAACUCUGUGCCUUUGCUACAAGGAAAUUGAAGAAAAAGAAUAUGAAGAAUGGAAUAAAAAGUUUAUGGCUGCCAGUAUAGCCUCCACCAACCGGGAUGAAGCUCUGGAUAAAGUGUAUGAAGAGAUUGAAAAAGACUUAAUUUUAUUGGGAGCAACAGCAAUUGAAGACAAGCUACAGGAUGGAGUCCCAGAAACCAUUUCAAAACUCGCAAAAGCUGACAUUAAGAUCUGGGUGCUCACUGGAGAUAAAAAGGAAACUGCUGAAAAUAUAGGAUUUGCUUGUGAACUUCUGACUGAAGACACCACUAUUUGCUAUGGGGAGGAUAUAAAUGCUCUUCUUCACACAAGGAUGGAAAACCAAAGGAAUAGAGGUGGAGUCUAUGCAAAAUUUGCACCCCCGGUGCACGAACCUUUCUUUCCAUCUGGUGAAAACCGUGCCUUAAUAAUCACUGGUUCUUGGUUGAAUGAAAUUCUUCUGGAGAAAAAGACCAAGAGAAGUAAGAUUCUGAAGCUGAAGUUCCCAAGGACAGAAGAAGAAAGACGGAUGCGGACGCAAAGUAAAAGGCGUCUGGAAGCUAGGAAAGAGCAGCGACAGAAGAACUUUGUCGACCUGGCCUGUGAGUGCAGUGCAGUCAUCUGCUGCCGGGUCACCCCCAAGCAGAAGGCAAUGGUGGUGGACCUGGUGAAGAGGUACAAGAAGGCCAUCACGCUGGCAAUUGGAGACGGGGCCAAUGAUGUCAACAUGAUCAAAACGGCCCACAUCGGUGUUGGAAUAAGUGGACAAGAAGGCAUGCAAGCUGUUAUGUCAAGUGACUACUCCUUUGCCCAAUUCAGAUACUUGCAGAGAUUGCUGUUGGUGCAUGGCCGGUGGUCUUACAUAAGGAUGUGCAAGUUCCUACGAUACUUCUUUUACAAAAACUUUGCAUUUACUUUGGUUCAUUUCUGGUACUCCUUCUUCAAUGGGUACUCUGCACAGACGGCGUACGAAGACUGGUUCAUCACGCUCUACAACGUGCUGUACUCCAGUCUGCCCGUGCUCCUCAUGGGGCUGCUUGACCAGGAUGUGAGUGACAAACUGAGCCUCCGCUUCCCCGGGUUGUAUGUAGUAGGACAAAGAGACUUACUAUUCAACUAUAAGAAGUUCUUCGUAAGCUUGGUGCAUGGAAUUUUAACAUCGAUGAUCCUCUUCUUUAUACCUCUUGGAGCUUAUCUACAAACUGUGGGACAGGAUGGAGAGGCACCUUCAGACUACCAAUCUUUUGCUGUGACAAUUGCUUCUGCCCUUAUAAUAACAGUCAAUUUCCAGAUUGGCUUGGAUACUUCUUACUGGACUUUUGUGAAUGCUUUUUCAAUUUUUGGAAGCAUUGCACUUUAUUUUGGCAUCAUGUUUGACUUUCAUAGUGCUGGAAUACAUGUUCUCUUUCCAUCUGCAUUUCAAUUUACAGGCACAGCGUCAAAUGCCCUGAGACAGCCCUACAUUUGGCUGACCAUCAUCCUGACUGUUGCAGUGUGCCUGCUGCCCGUCGUUGCCAUACGUUUCUUGUCUAUGACCAUUUGGCCAUCAGAAAGUGAUAAGAUCCAGAAGCACCGCAAGCGGUUGAAAGCAGAAGAGCAGUGGAAGCGGCGGCAGGUGUUCCGCCGGGGGGUGUCGUCCAGGCGCUCGGCCUACGCCUUCUCCCACCAGCGGGGCUACGCGGACCUCAUCUCCUCGGGGCGCAGCAUCCGCAAGAAGCGCUCUCCCCUGGAUGCGAUCAUAGCCGACGGGACCGCGGAGUACAGGCGCACAGUGGAGAGCUGAUGCACCUGCCCCGUGGCUGCCGCAAAACAGUCACACACACACAAAUGUCUAUUUUUUUAUGAAAGACUCUCAGGACUUUAAAACAAACAAACUGAAUUUGUCACGAGGAUGUUAAAAAAAAACACUAGCUUUAUAAGCAAGCUACUUGGGCUGGCUGGACUGUUGCAACAGCGAAGAAGACCUUUUCAGAAGUCCUAUUCUUCAACUGAUUGUGUUCAUUUUGAUUCAAAGGGAACGUUUUAAAUCAGUCUCCACCCAGGACGACAGAAUCACAAAAUGUCUUAUAUUUCAAUUCAAAUGGUACUCACCGUAAAAUUACAUUUAGAUCAUUCCUACCUGGGAUCUUCAACAUGAAUUUCCCAGAGGUUGCUUUCUUCCCCAUAGGCUACCUUAUUAACAAAGAUCUUUUAUUUAUAAGGGCAAGGACAAAAACAUGCAUGAAAGUUCAUCACCUGGAAGCUAAGUGGUCCAAUAACUUUUUCAGAGUUGAUAAUGAGCUGCAGGGUUUCCUCUUCUCAUACAUUACUUCACAUUUCAUCAGUACAAGGUUUCCAUCUGCUCGGUUUACUACCAGGUUAAAAGUGUGCAUCAUGUGGGUUUAUUCUUACUUUGCAUACUAUUUUAGCCGCUUCCUUCCCUACUUCCAUUUUUAAAAGAUGUGUUGAAAUAUUUAUGGGCUUUUUAAAAAAAGUUCUUAAACUAAGGACAUCAGUGAUAAAUUGUGAUUUUUUUUUUCUUGGUAAAGCUUUCUUUUGAAAAGCAAACUCUGUGCCUGCCUAUGUAUAUUUUAUAAGGGACUUGAACAAAAAAAAAAAAAAAAAAGGGACUUAAACAGAGGCCUCACGUUUUCACUCAUCUUAGUCUUAGAAAUGUGGCUGCCAACAGCCUUUUCUCUGAAGACCUAACACUGUAUCCUUUAUAAUUGAAAAUGAUUUUAAGCGAUUAUGGAAACUAUCCUCAAAGAGGCAAAAGUUUUUUUUCUAGAGGCUUUCUUCUGUGUUUUUCACAUACCAGUUUCCAUAUUCUAGUGAAGAUACAGAAGUGUUUUCAAUAAUUCUGUUCUCUACCAUUAGGUUGUGAAUGUUCACAGUAUCUGUCCCUUUGAAUUCUUAUGAGAAAAUCACAACAUGUACAUAGUUCAUAUUCUAGGUAUGAUAAAAGAAUGUAUGGCUCUUUUUUCUAUGGAAGUAAAUUUCUGGAAGUUUACAACUUUAUCUUGUAAAUAAAAAAAACUAAAUUGUUUUUUCUUUUCUUUUCUCUCUCCCUCUCUCUCUCUCUCUCUCUCUCUCUUUUUAUUUUAUUUUAUUUUAUUUUUUUGGUAAAGCAAAGUUUGCUUGUAUAAUUUCAGUUUUCUCUCCUGUUUUGUGAAUUGUGGGAAAGGUCGACAAUUCAAAUGUGUCAAAGACUUACACUGUUGGGUGCAAUAUUAACAAUUUUAAAAUGCAAAUUGCUUUGGAUAAAUUAUUUCUAUACUCUGUAAAUCUGAGAUUUAAUGUAUAUUUUUGUUUAAAAAAUAAAUGCUUUAGUAAAAUCUU